GAAUUCUGAUCAUUGUGGGGAAAUUGUUUGGUACGCUUGAAGAAAACUGCUCAUAGAUAACACAGAAUGAAGUAUCAUGUUCAAAUGCAUGUUGCUUCCUGUGAGGGACGGGGUAAGAGGAGAGCAAGUCCCCAUCAAGAUAGCUGUACAAGUGUGUGUGUUUGAGGGUGAAACUAUCUGCUUGAGGUGGCUCUGCAUGUUCACAUCACUUCCUCUUUUGUUUUGCAGUUUAAUUCAGUUGUGUCGUGUGCUGCACUCUGUAGUUCUGUCUCACUUUCUCUCUCUCUCCCUCCCUCCACUUGCUCUCCUAUCUGUGUCCAUCUCCCUUAGUCUUUUUCUCUGGAUCUCCAUUUUGCAGCUUGAUCUUCUCUCAGGUUUGGGUUCCUUCAGUGCUAGCACGCCGAACUUUGUUUUUAAAUGAUUUUCUCUGUCACUCCUCUCUUCCUCUUUCACUCUCUCAUCUACUUUUUGACAUUGUCGCCGUCAUCCAGUCACAUUUGCAUGAAUGACGUUUGUAUUUCCUCCAUCAGCAGCAGAAGCGGCUGUAAGAAAACUAAAGAGGGAAGAGGAACCGAGGGCCUUUGUGGUGAGAGAGAGAGUGCCACGGUCACAUGUUCUCUUGGCAUUUCACAUCAAGGUGGAUUUUGGACUUGUUUGGAGGUAAUUGGGUGACUUUUAGCCACGGCAGUGUGACCUUUGAGAUCCAGUCUCUGGUAAGUGAGCCAUUAUUGUGCUAUCCUACUGAUCUUCUGCAUGUCGUUUGAAGAACUUGAUCGGAAUAUACGCACAAAGAAGAGCCCGUAUAAAGAGAUUAAACUAGACAGAUAGAUGAGCAGUUGAUAAAUCUGCUAGAAACUGAAGAUAUAAGGUAACAUUAGGGUGUGCUAUUUUUGACUUUCAGCUUGCUUCAAAAUGAUCUGAAAUGUUUUAUCAUAGUGGUGUAGAUUUGCACUUGUCUGUAAUGCACUGCGUAUCAGUAGAGUCAGCUUUAAAGAACGGUCAUAUUGUUAGAAAAUAAGGACAGACAGAUGAAACAGGUGACACAUUAGCAAAUGCAAGAACUUUCUGCAAACUUCCUAGCUUGUGUUCAGUUAACAGGGCAGUCUUUCUCCACUCUCAUGGCUGAAAUUCCUCACAGACUAAGUUCUUCCACACAUGUUUUUAUGCAUAUAAAUACAGAUUUAAAAGCUGAUUUUGUUGAACAAGUGCAUUUUCAUAAAUGCGAAACAAUCCAGUCGAGGCAGGAGGUCUUUGAUGGUAUCAUUUUUCUAGAAGUGAGUCAUCGCCGCCACUGUUUUCUGCUCAAACUCCUCUGGUGCUUUUGCAAUAUGCAAAUACUGACAAUGUGCUUGAAUUAAAAAGAGAUUUCUAUUUGGUUAAAUAUUCCUAUUGAUGAAUCCUCAGCACUUUGUUUACAUUUCCAGAGUCAAUUAAACAAAUGUUUGCGCAAGAGUUUACACAUUUUGACACACGACUACACAUUUUAAAAAUAAAUCAUCUGCAUGUUGACCAACAUUUCUUUCUCUUGAUAUGGCAUUUUCAUCAGAUGUACUGACACGAUUGCAGUCACUCUAACCUCUAAAAAGAUGGUGAUUUGCUAUAUUAUGGAAAAAAGCUUGUCUUCUUUAGCUUCCUGCAUUUUAAAUCAAAUAAGGGUUUGAAUGCUCUGAUCCAGGGGAGUUCAGGUCGAAUGAAGAAAAAUAAUAAAACUGUUUCUUUUUUUAGGUAAUUAGCGAGCUCCGUCUCCCAGCAUCACAAGGGUUGUGUUACCAUGGCAACUAGAAAGCAGAGCUUUGUGCGAGCUACCGAGCCUCAGUGUUCAGAGUCUGCACAGAGAGAGGAAGAGGCGCAUGUUCAGGCCCGUCUCACCACUAUGUAUGUCCAGAACGUUCCUGCUUCUGGCCUGCAGCCAUACCCUCAGGCCCAACCUGGAGCCUUGCAGGACGCAACGGUUGUACCACUGUUCCUGCCCCGGAUGUGUAGCAACUCGACUUUGCCCUCAUUGACAUUGCAUAUUGCCAGCACGGCUGCUUUGCAGCAACAAAGACUAGUGGCUCCAGCGUCCGCGGGCAGACCUAAGUCUCUUGGGAAGCAUGUUUGCCCACAUUGCGGGAAGGACUGCCUGAAGCCCAGCGUGCUGGAGAAACAUCUUCGCUGCCACACAGGAGAGCGACCGUAUCCCUGCACGACCUGUGGCAUUUCUUUCAAGACACAGAGCAAUCUUUACAAACACAAGCGCACCCAGGCUCAUGCCCGUCAUUCCAGCGAGUCUGAAAAAGGCACCUUCAGCAGUCAGGAGAGCAUGGAGAGCUCGAAGGACAACUGUUUAAGUCCAUCCUUAGAGACGAACUGUGUGGAUCAAGCCGGUGCGAGGAAAGCCAAAGAAGUUUUUCCUACAGAUUCAAUAACUACACCAAGUCAGACAGACCCUGCAGAGACUAGGAUGAUGUCUGGCAUAGAAUGGGCAUUACAGAAUGCUGCCAUGGUCGGAAUCAGCACAACGCCAGCACUUCAAGACAAGGUAAAGUCAUUGAGAAAAACUGCGGAGUUUUCCGUUGAUGCUAUCAAACUAACGAAUGCAAAUGCUAUCCAGCAGACAAGCGCACUGACUGUGGAUGGAUGCACACCGCUAUCUUUAAACCGCAUGCCUCUACAGAGGCAGGAGGCUUUAUUUUCCAAACCAUCCUUUCCAUUCCUAUCUAGCCAUUGCAAAGCACAAAGCCAUGACAGUACAGACUCUGGUUUCAGCGACAGCAGCGAGCAUCAUUCAACCAGCAGUCCUGGAGCAAGCCUGCACGAUCCCAGUACAGAAUCGCUGACAGAAACCCCAAUGGCACAGCAAGAACCAGCUGCCUCCCAAAUCCCCCCAGAGAUGACCUCCGAAGACCCAAAAAGCAAGGUGUCCGUUCAGGAGAAGCAGAAGCUGGAGGAGCGCAUUUCAAAACUUAUAUAUGAGAAUAGUGUGUUGGUGGACAAUAAGCUACUGGAAAACGUGCGACCAAGAAAGACAAUAUUGUCAAAGCAAGGAAGCAUUGAUCUUCCGGUGCCCUACACGUAUAAAGACUCCUUUCAUUUUGAGAUAAGGAACUGCAAGCACGUCUUGAGCUCCCAAAAUCCAGACCGAGGAGGUCAAGCCGUUCACAGGUCUUUGCCCACACAACUGUCCGCCAGUCUGGAGCACGCACCAUUAACACGCAGCAGCUCUCUACCCUUCUCUAUGGGAAGCAAACCAGCUGCCGAUGGAGCAGUGAGUCUAAAUCUCAGCAGACGAUGCAGUGCAGGCCAUGUUUACCCAAUACGGCCAUCAAAUCAGAGGGCAGCAACACACCGCUCACUAGUCAGACAGGUGGCAGUGGAUUGCCUGUAUAGUGCCGAGGCAGAAAGAGGCAGCAUGAGCAGCCUGAGCUCAGACGGAGACAGCACCGAUGUCGCAACGGAGUCAUGUGUGAAAGCAACCUACAGGAAGAAAGCACAGAAGUUCGACUACACAAAGUGGCACACCUACAAAGGAGGCACAUUUAGGAAACUCUACAAUACUCCGAAAGACUGUGCACUAAAGGCGAGGAAGACUGCGUCAAGCACUGAACCGACAGAGAGUCUGGACAUCCAGAGACAUAAUGGAUCAAUGUUGACCUUGCCAAAUGAGCUUAAAGUCUCACAUACUGGCUUUGAACAUGAUAACGUGAAGGGAUCAAGCGUGGAAGAUAUACAAUUAACACAACACACCGUCUGCCAUGUCCCAUCAGAGCGGAAGAAACAGCGCACUGGGAAUGAUGUUCAAACGCUCAGUGUUUCAGAUCCUAAAGAUACUGGAAAUCUGUGUACGUUAAUGAGCCAGUCAUUCUUGUCAAGUUGUGCAGAGAGCGGCUCCAUCACUGUACACAGUGUCAACAUGCAGAAUGUCCACUCUCAGAGCAACUUCAUACAGACAAGUCAGUUCCUGGAGAAUAAUUCCCUUAGUGGUGGUGCUUCUUGUUUGGUGAGUAUGAGCGGGGCAUCUGGCACCCCGUCUGGUUCACUCAGCAGCCCUACUGUGCCUGAAGCCAAGACCAGCUUUCCUCCCAUGUACCAGCUGAAGAUUCCUUGUCCCGCAGAUGGAGUGUCAGCGUCGUGUUCUGGCUCCACUUCAGCACAUUGCUCAACCGCAGAAAGUCACCAAACUACAGAGCAGCCUGAACUAUCCUCAAAACAGCACGCAGGAUUUCACCAGAGUCAACAGGAGGCAAUGUGCGUGGCAGCCUCCAAGGGGCUGAAUCAAACAGACACUCUAUCCAAAGUCAUGUCAGAGAUUCAGUCCACCACGAACACAUCAGCUUCACUUGUUUCCGCUAUGCCGCCUCCAUUGGUGCAGCAUCAAGUGUCUUUGUUGCAGAAUAACCGAGGUGAGGAGGAGAAUCAGUCAACUGCUGCAGUAUAUCAGCCUGCUAAAACAUUGGAGAGCUCUCGCUUCACCACACCAACCAUGUCAACAAUGAGUUACUGCUCUGGACCAACAGUAUAUUCUCCGGUAACUACAGUACAGAAUCAUCCUUCAUUCUCUGUUAUUGAAUCAGGAGAACCCAAUGCUUGUACAGACAACAUCGCAUCCACAGUGUGUGAGAGUCCUCAGAACAGCAUGGCAUCUAAUAUCCCCACGAGUGACUCAGAAGAGCUUCAGUCUGAAGGAAAAGUGAUGCUGCUGAAUGGCUCGGCUCAGGCUCAGAACACGUUCUAUGUGCGCACGGCUGACCUCCAGAUUGUCAUGCAGCUCAUUUCUGAUGAACAGUUAGCACUGAUCGAGCCUCAUAUUGAAGCCAUGUCUUCAGCGCAGACGACACUGUUGCAGGAGGCGUACAGCAAAGAUGUGCCGCAGGAACUCAUCAAUAUUGGUGAGACGCAAAUAAAUAGCACUUUCAGGUGUUCAGCAAACAAAGCAGACACCUCUCAAAAUGAUGUUACCACCAUGCCUCAGUGUGUCUCAUCUUGGUCGCAUCCACAGACAAAGUUUCACAUCUCGGCCUCAGCGGACUAUCGUAAAAACACAACACAACCGCUGGAGUUACCAGAGCUGAUGAACUCUGGAAGUCUUGAGGUUGAGUCAAGUCACAAACUAGUGGAUGGAGACACUCUGACUGAGCCUAAAUCAGUGGAGAGCAGUUGUUCUAUAAGAAAAUACGACAAGGAACCACAAAACUGUGUUCACAACAAAAACACAGUAAGCACUACUGAGGAUCAAACAUUCACAGAGGCAACCAGAGAUCAACAAGUGGAAUCAAAUCACAUUCCAACUAUAAACACGAGUGAGCUAAAGGAAACAGGUCACUUCAUGUCAGAGAGCGUUCACACAAACACAACUACACACCUCGCAACUUGUGUUUGUGAGAAAAAGACGACAAAAGAGAUGCCAGAACAGCCCAGAGACAGCAAGACUAGCUUAGACACGAGAGAAAUAAAGGCUUGUGACACAGAUAAGGUGACUGAAACGUUGUGUCCUGAACAAACAGCUGCUCAGCAGGAUUCCCAGCACGACUUUGCUCCCGGUGAUUUUGGAAAUCACACUUAUAGUGAUGUGAAAUCAUCCUGCCCGACGCCAGACAGGACAUCUAGCCGUAACACUGUUAAUGGAGACAGAAGUAAGCGAGAUGUCCACACACAGCACGCCCAUCUGGAGGUGUCUACAGAAUCUGGGGAAGAUGGUGUUAGGAAAAACCUGAGGUUUCAGAGGGACUCAAGGACAGAUAGAAGGGAAUCAGGAGCCAAAAUACGGGAAGAUGGAGAUGAAGAGGGGAAAAGAUCAACCAUGGAGAUGACUGAUGGAAACAACACAUGCCGAAGCUCUGGAGACACUUACAAACAAGACAAAAGAAAGGAUCAGGCGAUAUCCCGUGGGAAACAUCAGACAUCUACUCGAGCGAAUCCUCAGUUCUCCCAGGAAGUGUCCUUUAACUUUUCACAAUCACUUCAUCAUGAAAAACUCAAUCCAGAAACAUCUUUCUGCACAGACAUAACUCCACCAAACUGUCGAAGUAAAUGUGAAAACAGCAGCAGGACAGACGACAUGGGUGAAUAUUUGGGGAACAGCCCUUCCCCAGAGACUGACCAACGGGACAUGUCCUCAUUAAACACGGCAAAACGUUCCAAUCAAACAUGCAGACGUUCAGCAUUAGCGAACACCACGCAGAGUGAAUUUCAAAAGGAGACGCAGGCAAGAGGAGCCAUGAGCUACUGGAUUUACUCAAAGCGCACUCAAGUUCACAAAACCAGCAGCACAUCUGCAUCAGUUCUCCAAAACAACUGCGCUGUUUCAAACACUGAGACGGACAAUGCGAGCGUUACUCCACCAUCCAGUGAUGGAUCCAGGUCUCAAAUGACAGUUCAAGAAGCACAGACGCAUCAAAUGUGUGCUCCAGUCACACACAGCAGCUCAACAGAGUCGAAGCAGCUUUAUUUGGGCAGCAGCAGCAGUUAUCUGGAACUGGAGGACGGUAACAGCAGCAGCGAUGAUGAGCAGAAACUCGUCAUUGAGCUUGAGUAAGCCAAAGCUGAGUCCUGAACAAGACGAUGAUCCCAAACACCGCAGCAAAUCUACAACACAACAGAAGAAGAAGAAGACACCAAACAUCGAGCUGUUCAAGUGCAGAGCUCAUCCUGACUGAAAUGCAGAAAGUCCAAAACUCCUCCAGAAUGAUCUGAGAGAAACUCAGGACUUUAAUCGCUCCUGCUAAAAGUGCAUCUGCAGGAUCUGAAUCAUUCGUUUAUCACUCAUGGCUUUUCUAUCUUGCUUUAUUUCUGUUCAAUAAAUAAUGACACAGUGUGAGAGGUCAUGUAAUGAUGUACAUCUAAUGUUUUAUCUCACACUUAA